AGUGAGAUUCCAUUUUUCCUUUCUUUGGUGUUCAUUCACUUAAACCCUAUAACCCUAGACUCCCCCAACAGUAACCCUUCUCGCUCAGGCCACAGCUCGAUGUUGUACGUACUGAUAAUCUUACCAAAGCUCAAAUAAUUGCACUUUGAAGAACAAGUAUGAUGAUGCACAGAUUCCGACUAUUUACAAAAUUUUCCAGAAUUCUGCCCCGAAUUCAUUCAGGUAUCCCUUAUGUGAGACAUAGCCAAGAUGCUCACUUCUUUAUGCGUCAUUCGAAACCUUUUCCCUGCGAACAUGUCUUGGAAACAAACAUUACCAUGAGCAGAGUUUCUUUCAGGUUAUCAACUACUGCAGAAGUAUUGGAUGAAUCCCCUUCUCAAUUUGAUUUAUUGCCCUUCAUUGAAUCUACUCUUCAUGACUUUGAAGGUCCUCAUCAUCGUUGGUUCAAUAAAGUUGAAGAUGCUGACAAGUUAUGGAAGAGAGAUGGCAUAUUCUUAGUUCUUUCUGGUACAUUCAUGGAUGAUACUUCAGAAUCAGGCUGGAACUCUGUUAUGUUAGAAAAAGUGAAGUACCUCCAGCAAAGGUACUCUGGAGUACAAGUUAUAGGCUUCCAGUCAUGCAAUUCUUUCAACUCUUCUGCUGUUGAAACUUCUCUGUCACAGAUAUUGAUGAAUGAGUAUAUUACUUUUCCUAUCCUGUUAUCUACCAAAACUUUCGACAAGAUAACAGAUCAAGCACAAUUUGUUAUUUUUAAAGACUUCAAGAGCCCUUACCGUUGUUAUGACACUGAUGUUGAUAUUGGAAUCAUGGAGAGAGCUGUUAAGGAGCUUCUUCAAAAUUCUGAGAAACCCACUAAGAUGAAAGCAUUUGAUUGGACCUGGGUGAAGCCUUCUGAAGUAAUUAAGGAGCCAUGCAUUUCUUCUUUGCUAAAGAAUUUUGUUCUUUACUUCCCCGGGUGCAUAUCUGUUGAUGAGAAAGGUGACCGCCUUUUCCUUUCAGACAUUAAUCACCACCGGAUUGUUAUCUUUGACAGCAGUGGAAAAUUUUUGGACUGUAUAGGUUCAUCCCCUGGUUUUGAGGACGGGGAGUUUGAAACUGCCAAGUUAUCUCGCCCAGCCGGUUCUUUCUACAAUGAAGCUGAGGAUUGCUUGUAUUUUCUCGACUCAGAGAACCAUGCAGUCCGAAAAGCUGAUAUGCAGAGGAGAGUUCUAGAGACUCUCUAUCCAGCCAGCAUUCCUGAAAAGAAACCUAUUAGUCUCUGGAGCGAAAUUAUCAGCAUGCUAUGGGUGAAAGGUGAUGACAGUGCAAAGCCUGAGGAAAUCAAUUCACGGACAUUUUUAUUUCCUUGGCAUCUACUAAGAUCAUCAAAUGAUGAUCUUCUUGUAAUUAAUCGAAGCUUUGAAACUUUAUGGACCAUUGAUCCACAAUCUGGUGGGAUUAAAAACAUUACAAAAGGAUCUUCAAAGAUAAUGGAAAUAUGUGGAGAACCGAUAAUGGAGAAGACAUCUCUUCUGAAGGAUAUCCCGCCUGGUUGGUUGAAGAAGCAUGAUGAUGCCAACUAUGUGUCUUCAUUAGCUAGCUUUAAGGACUAUGUAGUUAUAUGUGAUCCAGUUGGGCACAGGGUUUUGAAGUUCAAUAAAGGAUCUGGUGUCAUGUCCAGAUUUAACUUCUCAAGCUUUGGGAUUCUUGGACUUCCAUAUUGGGUGACUCCAAAUUUGGAGAGAGUUAAUCUUAUUGGUCAGGGACUAACAGGCUGUCACAUUGAUCACAUUCAGAGUUUCAAUCUAUUGCCAGGCCAUGUUGAUAUACAGUUGAAUGUGGAUAUUCCGGAAGAUACUGAAAUGGUUGAACCAUUGCAAGAAGGUUGUCUUUGGCGCCAAGCUAGAGGGUCAGCCAUUGUUUUCUCAGGAGCCGAGGAUAUCUUGGCUUCCUCUAAAGAGAUUGGAGUUGCACAACAAUGGUACGACGAAUUGGAUAAUCUUACAUUUUCAACACCAGAUGAAGAACCGAGUGAUGAAGAAGAGAGCACUGUUGACAACAUGAAGGAAGGUGGAAUUUGCAUUGAUUGUGCUAUUGAUACAAGUCCAGGCACGAGUGAGGUUAUCAUCUAUGCUGCACUCUACUUAAGACUUAAAGGCGAUUCACAGUCAAAAUUGGGGUCUAGGGAGAAGAUAGUGGCUAGAAUAGCACAUAUAUUGAAUCCAGUUUGGGCCGAGAAGAAUGGAAGACCAGACCCGGGUAUUAAGAUGCUAUUGGAAUCCGAAAGAAACUUGGAAGAAUUGGUCUUCAUGAAGCCAUUGCAUGUGAGGUUAAAGUUUGAGUGUGGUGAUCAUCCUAAAGCUGAUAAUUCAAAAGAUAUCAUUCUUACAGAUUCUUCCAUUGAUGUCAAUGUAUCUUUAGCUAAGUUAUAGCCCCUAUCUUUUUGGGCAAUUUUUGACAAUCAAAAGAUAUCAUUAUUACAGAUUAUCUUUAGCUCUAAUAAUAUAGCCCUUUUUUUCAACAAUUUCUUGGGGGUGGUAUUCUUGUAAUAUUAUUUUGAUGUAAACAUUA